GGUCAGCACAGAGUGUGUUGUGUUCCUGUAAUGGCGGAUCGCGGAGAGGCAGAAGAAAUUGGAAGAUUUAACGACAGCAGGAUGGCACAACAGCAAGCGUUACGUUUUCGAGGUCCGGCUCCACCACCCAACCCUGUCAUGAGAGGCCCGCCGCCAUUGAUGAGGCCCCCUCCCCCACCCUUUGGAAUGAUGAGGGGCCCUCCCCCACCUCCACGACCACCCUUUGGGCGCCCGCCUUUUGACCCCAGCAUGCCCCCCAUGCCGCCCCCCGGGGGAAUGCCGCCACCCAUGGGUCCCCCCCACAUGCAGAGACCACCCUUUAUGCCGCCACCAAUGGGGAGCAUGCCCCCUCCUCCUGGAAUGAUGUUUCCCCCGGGGAUGCCUCCUGUGCCGACACCUGGGGCACCGACAUUGCCCCCCAACGAGGAGAUCUGGGUGGAAAACAAAACGCCGGAAGGAAAGGUGUACUAUUACAAUGCUCGGACCCGUGAGUCUGCUUGGACCAAACCAGAUGGGGUGAAGGUAAUCCAGCAGUCUGAGCUAAACCCUAUCAUGGCGACACAAGCUGCAGCCGUAUCCUCUGCCAGCUCCCCUGUGAUCAGCACAGUGGCAACUCCGGUCUCGACGCAGGCAGCUUCUACUGCACACUCGACUAGCCCUUCUUCCACAGCCACGCUCACAGCUGCUACUGCCGUCUCGCAGGCGGUAUCCUCAUCCUCCAAUCAAGACCUGACAUCAACAGUUACCUCAUCGAGCCCUACGUCAGUCAGUGCAUCAACGGUCACGGCGACAGUGACCCCGGUGCAGGCUGCACCACAGCCCAUACCACAGAGCCUGCCCGCAGCUGUGCCACAGCAGGUACCACACGCUGUGCCACAGCAGGUGCCACACGCUGUGCCACAGCAGGUGCCACACGCUGUGCCACAGCCCACCACCACAAUCCCUGCCUUCCCUUCGGUCAUGGUGCCGCCUUUCCGAGUGCCUUUGCCUGGCAUGCCUGGCAUGCCUAUUCCUUUACCUGGUGUAGCAAUGAUGCAGAUAGUCAGCUGCCCGUAUAUAAAGACAAUCGCUCCCAACAAGAACGGUAUGCUGUCAGGAAUGGGUCCUCCUCUUGUGCCAAUGAUGCACCCACAGGUUGCAAUCGCAGCUUCCCCUGCUGCCCUAGUAGGGGCAAUGCCAUUCUCAGAGUGGUCCGAGUACAAGACCAUGGAUGGAAAGACAUACUACUAUAACAACAGAACACUGGAAUCCACGUGGGAGAAGCCAUACGAGUUAAAGGAGAAAGAGAUGUUUUUAAAGGAAAUGGAAAAACCCAAAGAGGCAAGCAAAGAUAAUUUUGAAGAGGCAGAGCCAAUGGAAAUGGAAGAGGAGGAGCCUAAAAUGGAACCACCAAAGGAGAUCAAAGAGGAGCUGAAGGAGGAGGAAAUGACUGAAGAGGAAAAAGCUGCACAAAAAGCGAAGCCUGUGGCUACAUCUCCUAUCCCAGGAACUCCAUGGUGUGUGGUGUGGACGGGUGAUGACAGAGUGUUCUUCUAUAACCCCACGACUCGUCUCUCCAUGUGGGAUCGCCCAGAAGAACUGAUUGGCAGAGCUGAUGUUGACAAAACCAUCCAGGAGCCUCCUCACAAGAAGGCCACAGAGGAUGGGAAGAAAAUGGGCAAAGAAGAACUGGAGACAUCAACAACAGAAGAUGCGAUUGAUGAUGAACCUAUCAAGGCAAAGAAAAGAAAGAAGGACGACGUGAAAGAUGUGGACUCUGAGAAAGAAGCAGCCAUGGAGGCAGAGAUCAGGGCUGCCCGGGAGAGGGCCAUCGUCCCUCUGGAAGCCCGUAUGAAACAGUUCAAGGACAUGCUGCUGGAGAGAGGGGUUUCUGCCUUUUCAACAUGGGAAAAAGAGCUUCAUAAGAUUGUGUUUGAUCCUCGAUACCUACUGCUUAAUCCGAAGGAACGCAAACUGGUUUUUGACCAAUAUGUGAAGACCAGGGCAGAAGAGGAGAGGAAGGAGAAAAAGAAUAAAACAAUGCAGGCCAAGGAGGAUUUCAGAAAAAUGAUGGAAGAGGCGAAAUUAAAUACAAGGACCACCUUCAGUGAGUUUGCAUCCAAACAUGCUAAAGACUUGCGUUUCAAAUUAAUCGAGAAGAUGAAGGACAGAGAGGCCAUGUAUACAGAGUUUAUGACUGCAUUGCGCAAGAAGGAGAAGGAGGACUCCAAGAACCGGGGAGAAAAGGUAAAACAUGACUUCUACGAGUUGCUGUCUGACCACCAUAUUGAUGGUCAGUCUCGCUGGAGCAAAGUGAAAGAUAAAAUAGAAAGUGACCAUCGUUACAAAGCUGUGGAGGGCUCUUCCACAAGGGAAGAACUGUACAAGCAGUAUAUAGACAAACAGGCAAAGAAUUUUGAUUCGGACAAGGAGAAAGAGCUUGAAAGGCAGGCCCGUAUAGAGGCAAGCCUCCGCGAGCGUGAGAGAGAAGUGCAGAAAGCGCGCUCUGAGCAAACCAAGGAAAUCGACAGGGAAAGGGAGCAGCACAAGCGGGAGGAGGCGAUGCAGCAUUUUAAAGCUCUUCUAUCUGACAUGGUCCGUUCCUCGGACGUUUCGUGGUCAGAUACGAGAAGGACACUGCGCAAAGAUCAUCGCUGGGAAUCUGCGUCUCUCUUGGAGCGAGAAGAGAAGGAGAAACUUUUUAAUGACCACAUCGAGGCUCUUGCCAAGAAGAAGAAAGAGCAUUUUAGGCAGCUCCUAGAUGAAACGUCUUCUAUUACUCUAACCACAACAUGGAAAGAAGUUAAAAAGAUUAUUAAGGAAGAUCCUCGUUGUAUCAAGUUUUCAUCAAGUGACCGGAAAAAGCAGAGGGAAUUUGAAGAGUACAUCCGAGACAAAUACAUAACUGCAAAAGCAGACUUCAGAACUUUGCUCAAAGAAACAAAGUUUAUUACAUACAGAUCCCGAAAAUUGAUACACGAGUCUGACCAGCACCUGAAAGAUGUAGAAAAGAUUCUUCAGAACGACAAGCGUUACCUGGUACUAGACUGCGUCCCUGAAGAGAGACGGAAGCUCAUCAUGGCUUACAUUGAGGACCUGGAUCGCAGAGGUCCUCCACCGCCUCCCACUGCUUCAGAGCCCACGCGGCGAUCUACAAAAUAAUCCAUCGCCUUCGCAAAGGCUUACUACAGUACAUCUACCGGAAACCAAUGCAUGAGCCAUCUAGCAGACGUCUAAAUGCACAGUAUUGCCUGUAUGUUGUGAAAUAACAUGCAAUAUCCCUGUAUUUAAGAAAAGUGGUCAUCAUCACCAAUAGAGAGCGCCUUUCUGGAUUAAAUUGAGCUUUUAAGCUUAUUUUAAAAAGGGAUCUAUUCAAUGCAAACACAAUUACAUCUGUGGCUAAAAUGAAGGUUCUGCAAUCUGUUUGUAACAUUUUUAGAUAGUGAAUAUAUAUUCGGUGGUUAUUCAUGUGACUGGGAUGGCUGUGCAAGUGACCAGCCUUUUAAAAAGGGCGUCAUUGUAGAAUACAGGAUACGGUUUGAUGAAUGUUUAAAUGUUUCUACAGUUCAAUUGAAUUUGGAUAUGUUGCUAUAUUUCUGUACAUGCUGAGUUUACUGGAAUAAAGGCAACCCCCUUUUUUUUUUUUUUUUUCGCCCU